ACUCCCAACGUUGAUUCAUUUCUUUCUGCUUUGAAUUUGAAAAGAUUAAUCCGAUUAAAUUUCAAAGAUGCCUUCGUCCUUCUCCAAGCCGUCUUUGGAUUCUCCUUUCUCCCUGGACGGCGCCGAGGCUGAGCACCGGCUCCGUGAGGCGGAGGAGAGGCUACGCGAGGCCAUGGCGGAGCUUCAGCGUAGACAGCGUUCGGCGGCGCGUGGAUCUCAUGGCGAUAUCUGCGAUCACGUAGACGUCUCCUGCGUGGCCAAUGCCAUCGGCAAUCUGUGCCAGAGCUUCCUCCUCUCGUACGGCGUCAGAGUAGGGAUCGGAAUCCUUCUCCGCGCCUUCAAGCUCGCCAGAGGGCAGUCUUACUCGUCCCUGCUCGAUCUCAAGCAACUUGUGUCAGAGAAAGAUUUGAUUGUUAGGGAAGAAGCAUGUCGUAUUGGUUUACUCUUUGGUGGCUUUACCGGCUCCUAUCACGCACUCAGAUGCUGUUUGAGGAAGUGGAGAAAGAAGGAGACGCCAUUGAAUUCAGUUUUAGCAGGUUCAAUUGCGGGUUUGUCGGUUCUCGCGUUAGAUGAUUCCAACCAGCGGCGCACACUUGCUCUCUACCUCUUGGCUAGAUUAGGCCAGGCGGCUUACAAUUCCGCAAAGUCAAAGAACAAAUUCCAUCUUUGGGGAAGCCAUUGGAGACAUGGAGAUUCUUUACUUUUUUCUCUUGCUUGUUCCCAGGUUAUGUAUGCGUUUAUAAUGCGUCCUGAAACCUUGCCGAAGUCAUAUAGAGAGUUUAUUCAGAAGACAGGUCCAGUUGCAAGGCCUGUCUACCAGGCUGUAAGAGAAUGCUGCAGAGGUGGUCCAAUCGAUGUAGCCUCCUUAUCAGCCUACAUUUCUAGUAAAAACGAAGCCAGUCAUGUGAGGGUCCAAGAGUUUGCUUCCAUCAUCCCUUGUUCAGCUAUUCAUCCACACACUAAUUCGUGUCUGGCCCAAAAUGCUAAUGCAAUGUCAGCUACAUUCAAGAAAACGUUUCCAUUAUACUUCUCCCUGACAUUUGUCCCAUAUGUCGUCCUACACCUGCAAAAGUUCAUGGCUUCUCCUUACCGGACAUCUUGGAAUGCAAUCAGAGAUUCAGUUCGAUCCACUUCCUUCUUGUCUGCUUUUGUUGGGAUAUUUCAGGCCUUCAUAUGUGCCCAUAGAAAAGUUGCAUCCAAGGACCACAAGCUCGUUUACUGGUUUGCGGGUGGUGUAGCUGCUCUUUCGGUUAUGCUAGAGAAAAAACCAAGACGCUCUGAGCUUGCUCUAUAUGUUCUUCCCCGAGCUGGAGAUUCUCUGUGGGAGAUACUUGUUAACCGCCACAUUCUUCCCAAUAUUAAAAACGCCGAGGUUGCUGUAUUCUGUGGAUGUAUGGGAGGAAUCAUGUAUUACCUAGAACAUGAACCUGAUACAUUGGCUCCGUUUCUGAGAGGACUCAUCCGUCGGUUUCUUGCUAGUCAAAUAAGCAAUCCAAGUAGCAAAAUCAGUCAGAGUUCUUCCUAUAUGUAUCUCCAGACCCUAGAUGCGUUGGAGAAACCAAAAGCGCCCGAGAACCGAGAAAGUGAAACUCAAAAAGCUGAAGAAAAGUAUAACCUGGAGGCAAUUCCUGGUCUUUAGUAACAAAGUUAGCUCUGAUGGUUUCAACAGUUGUAUUAGCAUAUCAUGGAUCAUUGUUUUGAUGAAACUCCCCUAGAAGAAAAGGGUCCAUACACAGAAAAAAAAACCUUUGAGAGGUUAAAGUGAUUUUAUAGGAUUUUAGGAGUUUUUAAGUGUCUGAUUUCAU